AUGGAGAGACCUCUCCCGGCAGUAAGACGAGAAAUGAUUAGGGUUUUAGCUGAUGAUAUUUCCAAAACAUCAGGUAGACCCACGCGUAGUCAACUUGCUGAUGUUGCUUCAAAAAUAGUAUCGGAAUACCCUAAAAGUUUCCAAGACAAUUUGGAUGAUGCCAUAGUUGGUACUGGCUAUAAUUCUAUUUUAACACAACUAGAACACAGAUUUCAGAACAUUAGCAGGACUGUCAAACCUACAAAGAGGCCCAACAGUCCAAACAGUCUUGAUUCUAAUAAGUCAAAAAAACGUAAGAGAGGAGCUUCUACUUCAUCCUAUGGCACAAUUCCAAAGGAGUACCAACCUGAAUUGCCAGAAGAAGAAGAUGAGUCAACUCAGGAUUUAAAGAAAGAAGCUCUGAAGGAUAUCUAUUCAAGUAGAGUUUGGAAUUUAGAUGAUUUAAAGGGUUAUCUUGAUGAAACAUACCCAACAGUGAGGCUUCUGAUAAAUGAGGGCUCUCAGUCUAUUACAACACUGAAGAAAGAGUGGCCAUUUCUUUUUGAGAAAGUUGGAAUGCUUCAUCAUUUUGAAAGACUAGUUGGAAUUGAAGUGCAAGAAACACUUACAGCAGCCUUGGUUUCCAAACUUCCAAGAAUAAUGCAGUUCAUGAAUGCCAAACAGACUACCAGCAAACCACUCAGGAAAAUCCUGAAAGAAAUUGAGGCAGCCAAACGUGAAGACGAUACCAAUAACCCUGAUAUUAUUGGCCUUUUGGUAUUAUUGGCAACAUUUUUUGGGGAGGACACCAGAGUGUUCAUCCAUGUUGAAGAGGAGACAAGCCUAGAAGCUGACAUUGAUAAGGAUACUCUCCCAGUCACCCCUUGUAUAAUAGCGCUUUGUACAUCAGCAGUGACAUCUAAAUGCUUCAUGCUCGUCAUCGACAGGGAGAUAGUAAAUUGUAAUAUUUCUUCACCAUUGGAGGCACUGUGCAUGCUGUUUGCAUCAUUUUUUGUGUUUAACAUUGAGUAUGCAAAGACGGCAGUGGCAACUUUAGAGUUUGUGCAAUGCUGCUUGGUUCGAAUCAAUCCAGCCAAAAUGAAAACUUGGAGAGGUAGUGCCAAAGUUCUUUCUCUAAUAAACAGUUUAAAGGACUUUGAAUCUGACUGGAACUAGUGGAGUUUUUGAUGCGGUGUAUAUCAACAUUAUGUGUUUCUUUUUAUGAUGGAGUAUUGGUAAUUCUGGGGCAAAUACAUGUCCUUGGGGUAUUUGUUUUUCAAGAGCAGUGUUCAUAAAGAAAAUGGUGUUCUAAAUGGCGUG